GCUAGCAGCUCGCUACUCGCGAGGACGUUGUGCCCUCUCUUCUGGACUUGAGCAUGCUCCAGGCUCGUGAGGAGCGACUCACCCUCCAUAUCGCUGCACAGCGUCGCCUUCUCGACAUCCUCUUUGACCCUGAUCGCACCCUCCCGAUCAUUCCAGUACGACUAGGGACCUCCACGAGGGUGUACUCAGCGUUGUGGGAUUCCGGUUCUCAGGGCGACUUCAUUCACCCACGUGUGGUAAAAGAAGCCCGCUUACCCACGACAGGGUCUCCGACUCCCAUCUCUGUCACCCUGGGGGAUGACAAGAUCGAGCGCUUCUUCGAUCAAACGGUCACCGACCUCCCCUUCUUUCUCACUCUCGAGCCGACUGAUCGUCCCCCGGCGUCUCGUCGCCAUCAGUCCUCUGCACAUUUCGAUGUGAUGGAGAUGGGGUACGACUUCAUUCUCGGCACUCCGUGGUCUCGUCGGUUCCGCAGCACCGAGGCCGAUUGGGCGACCAACACUCUCGUUCUCAAAAUGAAGUGUGGACAAACGUAUCGCGUGCCUUUCAUAGAUACCACUGCGACACCACGCCCCGAUCCUCCUCCCCCGGAGCCUUUCGUGCCCACACCAUCUCCUUCUAUCACUGUCACCUCGCCUCGGCAGUUCGCCCACUUCAUCAGACAGGAUUACGUCACCUUCUUUAUGGUGAACGUGACGGAUCUCUUACAUUAUGAUCCACCCUGUCCCGAUGCCGAGCUCAUCCCUUUGGAGUCAGAUCCUCCUUCUAUCUCCAUGGCUCCCAUCUCUACUUCCCACCCUCCGCCGUCCGUUGAGUCCACCCCGCCGUCGCGUGCUGACACUGACGCUGAGGAACUCGCACGAUAUACGGCUGACCUGGAGCCCACAGUUCGUGACCUCAUUCAAGAGUACCACAACGUUUUCCCAUCGUCGUUCUUGUACACCAGCAUCCCACUGAUGCGCGACGCCGAGCACUCCACUCAGCAUGUGUCUGACUAUCGUGUUCACCACCAGGCACCCUACAGACUCUCGAUCCCCGAGGCCACCGAACUCAAGCGUCAGCUUGAGGAGCUCCUGAGACUGGGUUUCAUUAAACCCAGCAACUCCCCGUGGGGUGCACCCAUCCUCUUUGCUCGCAAAGCGGAUGGAACUCUCCAUCUCUACAUCGACUAUCGCGGUCUCAACCGCUACACGGUUAAGAACAGCUACCCCAUGCCUCGUUCCGAUGAGUUGUUCGACCGCCUAGCAGGCAACCGCUUCUUUACGAAGAUUUAUCUUCGUAGCGGUUACCAUCAGAUCCGCGUCGCUGCAGCCGACCAGCCGAAGACCUCGUUCCGAUCGCGAUUCGGCCACUACGAAAUCACGCUUCGCUUCUCCUCGUCUUACCAUCCUCAAACUGAUGGUCAGACCGAGAUCACGAACAGGACUCUCAGAGAUAUUCUCCGAAAGAUUGUUUGUGACAACCAGCAGUGGGAUCUCCAUCUUGCCCACGAGGAGAUAGCCUACAACCACGUUGUCUCGCCAGUCACAGGGAUGUCGCCUUACUAUUGCGACCUCGGCUAUCACCCUCGUGUUCCCGUGGACUUCCUCCGACCAUCACAGAUGCACCGCGACACGAUUUGUCCUGCGCUGGAUGAUUGGGUUGCAUACAUGACGUCGAUCAUGAAGACCGCACAUGAGCACAUAGCCGCUUCCCAGACUCGCAUGGCAGCACGUGAGAACCGAUCGAGGAUGAAUCAUCCAUUCAAAGUCGGUGAUGAUGUGUUUAUCAACGCCCGCCACUUACAGCUCGAAGCGGACACGCUUCGCAAGUUUCGGCGUCGCUUCUUUGGCCGAUGCCGCAUCCUCCAGGCCGUCGGUUCUGAUACGGCUUCUAGCCUGGUCAGCUUCCGAGUGAAGCUGCCCGACUAUUUACGCCAGGCUCGAGUGCACGAUAUCUACCAUGUCUCGUUACUGCAUUCUUAUCGCAGACCGUCUGAGCAUUUCGCUGGACGACCAUACGAGCGCCCUCCACCCAUAAUGGUGGAUGGCCACGAGGAGUUCCUCGUUUCAAACAUCAUUGGCCGCCGAGUCACCGACGACAACCCUCCCCACGUCGAGUAUCUCGUACGUUGGAAGGGUUACCCUGAUGAGGAGGCUACCUGGGAGCCCCUCGAGCACUUGCAGCACGCUCGCAUGUUGGUGCAUGCUUAUGAUCGUGCUCGUCGUGCUGGGUUCACUGCUCCUCCUCAGCCCACUGACCCUCCUCCUUCUCCACCGACUGAGGAGACCGCUGAAGUCAAGCCUGCUCCAUCUGACCUUCAGCAGCAGCCGGAUGCUUCUGAGCGUCCAUAGCGCAUUCGUCGUCGUCUUGCUCGAUACGACGAUUGACUCUGACUUACCUUCCCACGU